AUGCAGUUGAACAAUCCUGAGGAUGCCGUGCCAUGGGUCGGGCUGUAUGUUUGCUUAGCAUCUUUAGUUUGCACUCUUGCCAUGGCAGCCGAUGCCUUCCAAGGCUUUCGGAAAAGGAAAAUAUGGUUUCCUUGUAGAUUUUUCACUCUCAAUGCUGCUUCAAUCACGGUGAUAGCGAUAGCAAUGAAGUUACCAGUGGACCUGACCACCAUCAAGCCCAAUCUAAGCACCGUUAUGCAUAACACUGAUGACGUCAACGCUAAGGUUUCUAGCAUCUUGUUCUUGAUCACCAUGUUAGCCAACUUUCUCCCUUCUUUCGGGCUUAUGAAUGACAGGGAACUUCUUUUUAACAUCUUGGCUUUGGGUAUUCUUAUAAUCACCAUUAUUGUUAAUGUAUGCAUUCAAAUGGCUACACAUGUCUUUUAUGUGCAUGAUGCUUUUAACUUAGUACCUGUUCUGUUCACAUUUUCGGUAGCAUUGACAGUUCCAGCAUCUAGAAGAAUCUUAGAACACCAAUACAGGGAGUUGCACGAAUUGGAUUCAAAUAAUCAAGAAAUCAGUUUCUCCUCGAAAGGACUCGUGCAUACUAUUAAAAAGUAUUGGAUGAUGUCAGAAACCGGUAACCCCCAAUUUGUGAUUGCUUGUUCACCAAUUUCUUGUGCUAUCGGGGUUGUAUGCCUAUUUAACGCUUCACAAGUAUGUGGGGUUCUAGUAGCUGAGCUCUUAAUGCCAUCAUACUUUUCAUACGGGCGAUCAGACUAUAAGUGGUCAAUAAAAUUAAUUAUUACCAUGCAGUUUAUUGGGGUUCUAGUAGGUAGUAUAGCGCCAACUUUCAGAUGCGUCACUUCUAUCAGUUAUUUCAAAAUCUCCAAAAAUUGGAGUGCGAAACAUCUCAACAUGUUCAGAGUCGAAAGACAAUGGACUCAAAAACUUCAUCAAUGGAAACGCAGUCAUAUCCAUUCACAUAUCCCAGGUCGCUAUUGCAAAAUAGCUUUUCAAGCUUUCAAAAAUGGCAUUUUGAAUUUUUUUAUAGCACUUCAGAUAAUGUUUGUGAUUAUAUGCAAAAUAAUAAGUUUAUUUCCCAAAUCAUGUCUGAUCUUAUUCUCGUGUGGCUGGUAUUUCUUCAAGUCUUGGUUGAAAAACUUUAAGAAGGCACCAAAUGUAUCUAAUACUGAUGCGAAUUCAGAGAUCAAAGAAUAUACAAGGUAUGCUCUACAAAUUGAAGAUGAUGCAGAGUUUUCAGAAAGAGUUACAAGAGAUGCGCUCAAAUCUAUAACCCAACUUCUUCAAGUGUCUAAUGAGGAGUCAAUCAAUCUUUUGAAGCUUUUACAUAAAUCUACAAGAUUUGAUGGAGUGAAACUGUUCCACAAUGACCAAGUUCCGCCUUUACACGCAGAAGAAACAAAAAAUUCAUGGAGUCUAGUAACGGUGACAUUAACAGCCAUUGCUCUUGCACUUCCUAACAUAGCAAACAACCAUAUCGAGGGGUUACUUGCUAGCAUGAAUGAAGGUUUAAAAUUUGUAAGGCAUGUUGAAGAAAGCCUUAAUCCAAAUACUGACUUGGUGAAGGCAAGAAAAGCAGCUAAAAGUGUGUGGACAGAAGUAGAAGUGUAUCGUACAUGGCUACAAAUCGAUCUUCAGAAAAAGGCUCAUAGAGGAAGAAAAUCAAAGGAGAUACUUCAAUGGUUGGGUGAUGAAGCAGUAAAGAUCGUGAUACAGCUUAAGAUCUGCAAAAAGCAAAUUCUAGAUCACUCACUUUAUAAGUUCUUAGCUGCAGGUUCCAUGUACAAAAGUAGCCAAAGUAUAUUGCUCCACUUCAACGAACAAGAAAAAUGGCCUAAUGAUGAAGAAGUUUUUGAGUGGAUAUCAAUUGUAAUAGCAGAUGUAUUGUGCGCUUGCCUUACCAACUUACCACGUGUCAUAAAAAUGAAGUGUCAUCACGAUGCAAUAGAGAAGAGGAGAGACAACAUUCGCUCUGCUGCUCUACUUCUUGGAAAGUCCAAAAAGAUUCUAAAGAUCCUUAAAGCGCGCCAACUUCCUCACUUAGAUAUGGACUCAAUGGCAUGCAUUGAUAAGUGGCAUGGUUACACUUCUUCAAACAGGGUUCAACCAGCUUCAUUAAAUUCUGAUAAAUUACUCAUUGUAUCUAUAAUGAAAUAA